CAGGGAGUGAAGAUAUCUUCCAGUGGUCAUAGAUUUCUGUGAAAGCAUAAAUGUAGUGUCAGACGAAGUGAAUGGACUGAAGACGGUUGGUGAUAUUCCUGCAUUUAUCGCACAGAUAGCUGGUUUCUUGAUACCUGAAGUUGUGCUAACCAAGGUUGUAACUCAUAAAGCAUCCGGAAGACUGAACCAGUGAGACAUGGCAAAUUCAAUAGAGGAACUUCUGACUCCAGCAUUUAUUGUUGAUCUUCAGAAAGUUCAGAGAAAUGCAAAUGUUAUGAUUGAUCGUUUCAAGAAACUUGGUGUUCAACUUCGUCCUCACAUGAAAACGCACAAAACCAUAGAAUGUGGACAUAUAAUGACAGGAGGGACACGUCGAUGCAUUGUGGUAUCUACAUUAGCUGAAGCAUUCUUUUUUGCAAACCAUGGUUUUGAUGACAUUCUAUAUGCCUUUUCAUUGUCACUGGACAAGAUUGAUAAAUGUGCAGAGCUUUCAGAGCGCCUGGAUCUGUUUCAUGUGCUCUUUGACAAUAUGACUGUACUUGAAGCUCUCAAGAAGAAACCUUUGAAAGAAGGCAAAUUGUGGAGGGUGUGGCUCAAACUGGACUGUGAAAAUGGACGUGCUGGAGUUUUACAUACAGAGGCUGCAGCAGUGGACUUGGCCAAAGCUAUAUCCGAGAGCAGUGGUAUAGAACUUAGUGGAGUGUACGCACAUUGUGGGAAUACGUACAAAUGUUCUGGGGCACAGGAGAUCCAGGCUGUUGCCCAGAGAACUAUCAGUGCUGUUUUGAGUUUUGGAGAAAAGUUAAAAAGUGCUGGUAUCUCAUGCCCAAAAUUCACUACUGGGUCCACCCCCUCAUGCAGUCUUCCAGUUGAAGACAUGGGUUUACUUAAUGAGGUUCACCCUGGCAAUUACAUCUUUUAUGAUUUGCAGCAGUAUUUAUUAGGCUCCUGUAAGAUGGAAGAUGUUGCAGUACGUGUGCUUACAAGAGUUGUUGGCCACUGUCCACACCGUAACCAGCUGUUAGUUGAUUGUGGUUGGACUGCUCUCAGUCUUCACAGCCUUGGCCAUCUGCAGACAGGAUUUGCAAUGAUUGAUGGGCAUCCAGAUUUGAAAUUACUCGGAAUGACACAGGAACAUGGAAUAAUUGAACCAGUUUCGGGGCAACUUGAUUACGCAAAAUUUCCAUUGGGAUCCUUGUUGUCAAUCAUUCCAUACCAUUCCUGUGCCGCUGCAGCCAUGCAUCCCACCUAUUUUGUCCAUUCAGAGGGUAAAGUCGUUGCCACAUGGAAACCAGUCCGUGGUUGGUAGAGGAAAUAAUUAAAAUCACCUCAGAGUUGCCUUAGUGUCCUACAGCUACUGUUUUACCUUCCAGUUUUGAUGACACUGCCGAAAACAGCCAGAUGUGUUGUACUUGGAAAUCAAGUAACAAGUAUCAUAUUUAUUGUUCAGUUAAAAAUUUAAUCUGUAUGAGACAGCUUUUCAUUUUUACUUGCAAUAUAAAAACUAAUGUAUACAGUCUGUUUUGUUCUAAUUAUGUAUUGAUUAGAAAAUCAUCUGAUAGGCAAAUUAAUAUUAAUCAGUUAAUGCAAGUGAAAUGUAUACUUCACACGUCUAUACUUCACACAUUUUAUUCCAAUUUUGUAAAAAAUAGUUAUUAACCAGUAUGAAGAUUUUAUUUGUUUUUCUUCUAUUUUCUCUAAAGGCAAGCAAGCAAGCAAGCAUCACCUGGGAAGUUACAAUACAAUCAUGUUUAAACUAUAAAAAGACAGAGUAACACAGGUUUUGUUUCAUGAACUGAAAUGAUUGAUAUCAACUGCAUUUUCACAGAUCAUAAUUUCUGAUGUUCUGCUGUGGUCUGCCUUAAGUUGUACCUCUGCUUUGUGGUUAUUAAAUUCUCUUUAUAAUUGAAAAUCAGUAGGUCUACAAAUGAAAGACGGCUAUCACAAUUCAAAUGCUAAGGCUGCUGUUAUUAGUUAGUGCUGUAGAUAAUUUUUUGGAAUAAAAACUGAAGGUAAGGUCAUAUCCUUGUUUUGCUACUAGUAAUAAAAUGAAACUAUGUGUCUUGAAAUCAAUCAUAUUUGAACUGCAAUGAUAUUAAAUGACGAUAUGUGAAUUUUA